AUGUCUGAUGGGGCCAUUUGGCAAAUUGGCAAUGGUAUGAAAGUGAAGAUCUGGAGCGAUAACUGGCUGCAUCACAAAACCACCCUGCGUCCCAAGCCUACCAUCACUGUUUCCGGUCCUAUUCCAACGUUGGUUAAUGAUCUCAUUGAUCGUGAUUUGAGAGAAUGGAAUUUGGCAAGCAUUUCAAAUGUCAUUGAUCCUGCUGUUACAAACCUAAUUCGCGUCAUUCCUCUACGCAAUCUCACUCGCGAAGAUACUCUGAUUUGGCCUUGGAAUAAUGAUGGCCUGUUUUCUGUUCGGAGUGGUUACCAUUGGGCAAUGGAAAAUUUGGAGGCUGUGUGUAGUGUGCCGGAACACCACUCCCACCAAGAGGAAAAAAAAUUAUGGAAGUCAAUUUGGAACAUGAAAGUCAUUCCAAAAAUUAAACUUUUUUUCUGGAGGGCUCUGACCAAUUCCCUGCCCACCCUAAGAAACUUGUUUCAUCGUAGAAUAAGGGCUAAUCCAGUUUGCUCUUUUUGUAACUCUAGUGAUGAGUCAGCCGAACAUGCUAUUCUCCUGUGUCCCUGGACUGCUUGUGUUUGGUUUGGUAUCCCUUUAAACUACUGCGUGAAUGCACAAAGCGUAACUUCUUUUGACAGAUGGCUCCAGGGAGUUACUGCCUGCUUGGCUCUUUUUGAAGGGAGGAAUAAGGAAGUUCUUGUCUUGGUGGGUAUUACUUGUUGGGAAAUCUGGAAAGAGAGGUGCUCUGCUCUUUUUGAAGGCCGAUCCCCCUAUCCUUAUUCUGUUAUUAGGAGAGCUCUUUCUUUAUGGGGAGAAAUGUGUCCUACUUUGGAAGCUAUUACAUGUCCUGCUCCCUCAGCUUCUCAUCCCCAUGCUCUCUGGAAGGCUCCUCCUCAACCUUAUGUUAAGGUAAACGUGGAUGGAGCAUGGCACAAGAACUUUAUGCAGGGCGGUGUGGGUUGCUGUCUUCGUGAUUCUGAAGGUAGAAUGUUGGCAGGUUUGAGUAAGGCUUGUCUCAGAAACUCUGCAGUCGAGGUGGAAGCCGAAGCUGUUUUGAAGGGGUUACUGUUAGCAAAAGAGGAAAACUGUCAGAAGAUUAUACUUGAAAGCGAUUCAAUGGAUGUUAUCUCUUGUAUGAGAAACGAAAAUCUGCGUGGCAACUGGAGAAUUAUCCCUCUCAUUUUGGAAAUCAGAAGGCUUUCUUCGUGGUUCAUCUCCAUUAAGUGGGAAUGGAUUUCUUGCCAAGCAAAUCAAGCUGCCCAUGCUGCAGCAGCUCUGUCAAAUAUGAGGGUGCGAACUAUACGUUGGGCCUCACAGCCUCCUCCCUCAUUGGUUCUGGUUUUGGCUAAGGAUGGGUUGCCAUGCCCCCCUAGCAAUUAA